AUGCUGGAGGAAUCGGACUGGUUCCCAUGUGCUGAUGUAAUUCCGUUGUUACAAAACUCUACCUUCGGAAUUGUAUUGGAUACAGUGGCCCGAAAUGUUGAUAUCACUUACGGCUGGCAGCUCCAACUGCUCACUUGUCUGAGCACCGGAGCAGUGCCUGUUGUCUUUGGUCGUCCACAUUUCCCCUUGGAUGAAGCCAUUUCCCCUGAACAAUGGUCUCGAGCUGUGCUUCACAUACCAAGAGCCAGAGUUCAAGAAUUGCCAAUCAUCCUACAAUCCAUUCCAGAAUCACAUAUAGUCGAACUGAGAAGACACGGUCAAAUACUGUUCAAUCGGCAUUUAAAGGAUAUCACUGUGCAACUGGCUUCUUUGUUUUUGGCCAUCAGUCGCCGGCUCGGUCUACCGCAACCUCCAUCUCCAGAAUGGAACGCAUCGCCCGCAUUUCGAUCCGCUUCGUUCACGCCAGAGAAAGUGUAUCAGGUUCCGCCGGAAUCCACUUUUCAAUCGGAUCUGGAUGACUUUCUAGGUCCAAUCGGACCGCAGCACGAUUCACCUCGAUUCAGUGGAAAUUACACUAGCCCCGGUGGUUCGGCUCGUUUGGCUGUUGUCUCGUCCAUGGGAGACGCGGAAUCGACAAUCGACCCAUUUUGGUUACAUCCAUCCCUUCCUUGGGAUGUUCCCAUGCCCUCUGAUGCAGCUUUCAGUACUGAACCGCACACCAGACAUGGACUUCGACCCAUUAACCACACUAUCAAUAUGGCCGGAUUUGAAUACAAUAUGGAUCUGGGAGGCUUGUAUCCUUACGAACAGUUCACCAUCGUUUUAUUGACCUACAAUCGAUUCGACCAUGCUUGUCAAACUCUGGAGCGUCUACUUGGUGUGCCAUACCUACAUUCGGUCGUGGUCGUGUGGAAUCACCCAAUCGGCCCUUCGCUGGACUUGAAGUGGCCUCAACUACAUGUUCCAGUCAAGGUCGUUCGUCCACGCAGCAACAGCUUGAACAACCGGUUCUUGCCUUACAAUUUGAUCCGAACUGAUGCUGUGCUGUCAUUGGAUGAUGAUGUUCAGCUUCGACAUGAUGAAAUUGUCUUCGGCUUCCGCGUAUGGCGAGAGCAUCGCGAUCAGUUAGUCGGUUUCCCGGCUCGAUCUCAUUACUGGGAUGCCAAUACUAAAGAAUGGUAUUAUCAUUCUGAUUACACGUGCGAGUUUUCCAUGACGCUCACCGGGGCAUCCUUUUUACAUAAAUACUAUAUGUUUGCCUAUACAUGGGAAAUGUCCUCGGUCAUUCGAAAGAUGGUUGAUGAGCAAAUGAAUUGCGAGGACGUUGCCAUGAAUUUUUUGGUAGCACAUCUCACAAGAAAACCACCACUCAAAGUUACUAUUCACUGGACCUUCAGCUGUCCGACUUGUGGAACAACGCUUCACGAUCAACCGGAGCACUACAAACAACGAUCCAAUUGUAUCAAUUGGCUCACACAAUUCUACGGCUACAAUCCGCUGGUUUACAGCCAGUACAGAGCUGAUUCACUCCUGUUCAAAACACGUAUCCCCCCAACCAAACAAAAAUGCUACAAGUACAUUUAAUACGUCUCCCUGUCGAUCGGUUUCGCCCCAAUAUAGCGCUGCAGUUUGACUGCUUAUCUCCAUGCAUUUGUUACUCGCAACUGCUUUUCACCUUUCAAUGCCUUUCAUCUUUCGGGAAGAAGAGUCUGCUUGCUCUUUCUCGUCCUAUUAUAUUGAUUUAUCACGCCCA